GAAAAAGAUAUCCCCUAGAAAUCCUAUCUCUCCUGAUCAGCCUUCAUCUAGUCGUACAGAAAAGACAGAAGAAACUUUAACCAAUGGUGAUAUUAGCUCUGUUGUAGAUGAAAUAUUUCAGUCUGGUCCAUUCUCACCCAGAUCACGUAAAACUACUGGUAGUGGAGGGAAGGAGGAUGGUGAUAAUAUUACACCUAGAAAUAAAAAGAGCUCCAGUCAUGUCAGUGCACAUAGUACAUUAAAUGAUUUAUUUGAUACAUUGAGAAAACUAGAAGCAGAUGAACAUCUAGAGACUCCACGUCCAGAGAGAAAACGAAACACUUGGUUGGAUGAGUUAACAUCAGAAGAUGGUAAAGAGUCUAAUUUAACAGCUGAGAAUCUAUCUAGACUAGGUAGAAAAGAUGAUUUAGAUAAGUCAGGUUUUCUAACCGAUGAUAAGCUAAAGAGUAUCAUAUCAUUUUUAGAUGAAGUUCAAGUUAGUGAUAGAAUUAGUGUUAUAGAUUCAGAGUUAAAUAAGAUAAAUGAAGACCUAGGUAAACCAGCAUUAUUAGUACCUGAUCCUGAAGAAUUAGUACAACUAGAACAAGCCCAGGCUACAGCUAGUGAAGUUACUAAUACAGUACUAUCACAACGAUUAGAAUUAGAUGAAAAACGUAGGACUGUAACCAUGUUACAGAAAGCAUUGAAUCAACAACGAGAGUUAACAGUAAGACAUGCUAAAGAAACAGAAAAAGAAAUGUCUAAAAGAUUAGAUGUACAGAAAGAUGAAUAUGAAGAGGCUAUUAAACGUCAUUUAUCUUUUAUUGACCAGUUAAUAGACGACAAGAAGAGUCUGAGUGAAAAAUGUGAAUCUUUAGUAAAAGAGUUAAAAACAGUAGAUAAGAAAUAUCAAGAUAAGAUUAAAACUUUAGAUGAUUCUCAUGGUAUGGAAAUAUCUAAACUGAAAGAUAUUCAUUCAGCUGCUGAAAAACUACGCAGAGAAAAGUGGAUUGAAGAUAAAACUAAGAAAAUUAAGGAAAUGACGGUGAAGGGUUUAGAACCAGAGAUACAAAGAUUAAUAGCUAAACAUAAAUCAGAGAUGAAGAAAGUGAAACAGAUACAUGAUGCUGAGUUGUUACAAGCUGAUGAACGAGCUGCACAAAGAUAUGUGACUAUGACUGAAGAAUUACGCGAUCAGUUAGCUCGGGAGAAAGAGGAGGCUUGUAGAAGAGAAAGAGAGCUAGCGAAAGAAAGAUAUGAGAAACAACUACAGCAAGAAGAGUUAGCCUAUCAACAACAGAGACGUAGGUUAUAUAGUGAGGUACAGGAAGAGAAAGAUAGAGUCUCAACACAGGGUUCACGUCAACGAUCUGAAUUAGAAACCUUACGACGCCAGUUAGAAGACAAUCAUAGAUUAGCUCUAGAUGCCAUGAAAACUGAGUUUGAAAAGUCCAGAGAAGAACAAGAAAAA